CCGACUUCAGGAACUAAAUAUUUGUCCAACUUCCUUGAAGUUGGUUUCCAAAUCAACAAAGACGCUACUAUAAACAAAUCUUAUCAAUGAUUAUUCUGAAUUCUUAAAAGAAGAACUAAAAAGGCGACUACAUUAUGGAUGAAGGAGGAUCAAUGGCAGUCGAUUCUAUAAAAAAUAAGCUGGGUGUCGACAUCUCCAAUACACUACCUAUUUGCUCCAAUCCCUUUUGGGGGCAAUGGUGUUCAAUUGAUCAGCGAGCCCUUCCACAGUCGACGGAAGGGGGGAUUUUGGCGAGCGUUUACAGGCAAAGUGAAUUCUUGUUUAAUGAUUCCAUACCUACCUCCCCAACCAGAUCCCUGGAUCACUGGAGUGAUCCAUACCCUUCCGCCACCUUCACGGCUACAACCUCAGUCUUUCCGACGCUAAUUCCCCAAAUCUCGCACCAGUUAGGCAUCCCGUCUCCGCCCCUAACGGCUAAAAAGGAGGAGCGUCAAAAGCGCAAGCGUUGCUUAAAUAAAAAUUCAACUUGCAAAUCUUUGAGACGAGAUUCCUCUCGAGACAGCAAAGCCAGUACAGCAACAGGAGGAGGAGGUACUGGCUGUUCAAACAGACCUUGCGGUACCCACGGCCACCAUGGUACUGAGCACUCGAACCAACAGGGCAAGAGCCAUAGCCAACAUGCAAAAGAAAAGAAUCGUAUUGCGGCUGGCAAAUCCCGAGCUAAGAAGCGAGAACAUAUGCUAAGAGUCCAGUCAGAGGAGCAAGAGCUGGAACGAACCAAUCACGACCUGUCCAACUGCUUAGCCAACCUGACUCGUGAGGUCCAGGAGCUCAAGAUGAAGCUUUUACAACAUACCGAUUGCGACUGCUCGCUCAUCCAUGACUACCUCGCCGCAGAGGCCCAGCACUACAUCUGUGGACUCAGUAAGCAAUCGCAGCUCGAGGCUAUUUCCCCUGGCGCAGCAUGCAAUUAAAGUACUAUACGGGGAAAUAAAUGUGAGAGUAGGGAAGCGAAGAGCGAUAAUCCUUUUAUUUUCUUGGUCUAUUUAUCUUGGCGUAAUUAUGCAUGACGUUCAUGUUCUCACAGAAUACUCGUGCCGGCAUGAGCACGGGAAUCGUUCUGUGUUUAUAGUCGCCCUAAAAGAAUGCUCUGGUCUCACGAUUCGCCCAUCUCCUAGUCGCCUUGUCGCCUUGUUGAAUGGCA